AUGGCAGACGCCAAGACUGAUGUUUCUCCCUCCAACAGGGCUCCAUCGCCUCAGCCAUCAGUACGGGCAGUCGAUAUAACGACUACAAGGGACAUUCCCAGGUGGAAAUACAUAUGGCAGCACAGCUUAACACAGAUGAUACUCCUGAGCAUUCAGGCCUUCUGUGGUCCUGCCAUGUCAGACGCAAUUGCGGGUCUGGGUGGCGGGGGUCUUGCAACUCCUCAGGUUUCCAACAUCUCGACAGCGCUCAGAUAUGCUGCUCUCGCUUUCACCUGCUUCAUGGGAGGUCCUAUCGUGAACAAGAUUGGAGUCAAAUGGGCGCUUGUCAUUGGAUCCAUGUCGUUUCCCAUCCAGGGUUCGGCCUAUUAUUGUAACAGCAAGUAUGGUAAUCAGUGGUAUCUGAUUCUCAGUGGCGCAAUCGGCGGUAUCGGUACUGGCUGUUGGUACGUCGCAGAAGCUGGUGCCAUCAUGACUCUUGCACCUUCUGGUGCACGUGGCAAAUACUUGGCUCUUUGGAUCGUGUCGAGAAAUCUCGGACAGCUGGUUGGUGGCGCAAUCAAUCUAUCCAAGAACAAUGAAAAAGGUGUGAGCGGUGGUGUCACGCCCGACACAUAUAUCGCCUUCUUGAUUAUUGAGUGCCUUGCUUUACCUUUCGCUUUCAUGAUCACACCUUUUGAACGCGUCAUCAGAUCAGACGGAACAAAGAUUGUUGUCGCUGAGACCCUUGGCACUAAACAGGAGAUCAAACGCAUUGCAAAGACCAUGACCUCGCGACUCAUCGUACUGUCGGCCAUCUGGGCACUUUGGUCAUUCUUUUACAGUGGUUCUUGGUCGACCUAUCUCGGUAUCCACUUCACGAUCCGCACUCGCGCUCUUUCAUCUUUGAUUUCCCCAUUCUUCUGCAUUAUUGGCUGUUUCGGUUUGGGUUUCAUUCUCGACGCAGAGAAGAUUACCCAACGGCGCAGGGCUCAGAUCGGUCUUUACACCGUUGCCGUACUCAAUGUAGGGGUGUAUAUCUGGUCCAUCAUUAUGCAAGCCCGGUUUAAUCGUAAUGACCCGGGCGCUAUCGACUGGGAUGAUGGCCUGUUUGCUACCUCGUUCUUGCCAUACUUUUUCGUACAGACUACUGGACCACUGUCCCAGUCUUACAUGUACUGGCUUUUAUCGUCAUUUGCAACCGAUGCUCAAGAAAAUGUCCGGAACGGAGCUGCUUUCCGAUGUAUCGAAGCAGUUGGUCAAGCCAUUGCUUACGGAAUGAACUCUCAAACAAAGAGCGAUCCACUCGUUGGCUUUUGCGUGACAUUCGCUUUGCUCGGGGCUUCUCUUCUUCCUAUGAUCAUGCUCGUCAACACUACACCGGAUAAGAUCCCUGCCGACGAGAUUGCCGAACAACAGGCGAUGGGGAAGCACUUCAAAGAUACCGAGGGCCAGGCUAUUAGCGUUCAUGGAAACGGAGAGAAGAAGUAG